GAGACCAUGAGAACCCACACCCGCGCCCCCACAGUCUUCUUAAUAGGUCUACUGUGGCCCCUGCUCGCCCCGGCGGCGGCGGCGGCGACAGCGGAAGCGGACCCCAGCGGAGGAAUCCCCUUCAUGGGGGGCAACUACAAUGGUCACCCGAUGCUGUACUUCAACCGGGGGGAUGUGGAGCAGCUGCAGUACGCGGCCACGGGGACCCACCGGGACAUGGCGAGGAGGAUCCGCGAUGCCGGCGAAACCAUGCUGGAGCACCCGGAGAUGUACCUGCCCCCCUGGAGCCCCGCGGAGUUCAGCGCCCGCUGGAACGAGGUGUACGGAAACAACCUGGGUGUGCUGUCCAUGUUCUGCAUGCUGUACCCGCACAGGGCGGGGGCCCUGGAGCUGGCCAUGGACUACAUGGAGAGGAUGGCGGCUCAGCCUAGUUGGCUGGUUAAAGACGCCCCCUGGGAUGAAGUCCCUCUGGCGCACUCUCUGGUCGGCUUCGCCACCGCCUACGACUUCCUGUACGAGUAUUUGAACAAGGGCCAGCAGGAGCGCUUCCUCCAGGUGAUCGGCAACGCGUCGCGCCUCAUGUACGAGAAGUCCUACGUCCGGGGCUGGGGGUUCCAGUACCUGCACAACCACCAGCCCACCAACUGCGUGGCGCUGCUCACCGGCAGCCUGGUUUACAUGACACAAGGUUACCUCCAGGAGGCCUACCUGUGGACCAAGCAGGUCCUGUCCAUCAUGGAGAAGUCCAUGGUCCUGCUGCAGGAUGUGACGGACGGCUCCCUGUAUGAAGGGGUGGCCUACGGGACUUACACCACCCGCUCUCUGUUCCAGUACAUGUUCCUGGUGCAGCGCCACUUCUCCAUCAGCCACUUUGACCACCCCUGGCUGCUCAAACACUUUGCCUUCCUGUACAGGACCAUCCUGCCAGGAUUCCAGAGGACCGUGGCCAUCGCAGAUUCCAACUACAACUGGUUCUACGGGCCGGAGAGCCAGCUGGUCUUCUUGGAUCGCUACGUGUUGCGUAACGGCAGCGGGAACUGGCUGGCAGACGUGAUUCAUCAGAACAGGGUGGUGGAGGGACCGGGGCAGGCUGGAAAGGGCCAGCGAUGGUGCACGCUCCACACAGAGUUCAUCUGGUACGACCCAGAGCUGAUCGCCAAGCCUCCGCCAGACUUUGGAACGUCCCAACUCCACUACUUUGAGGACUGGGGCGUGGUGACGUACGGCGGCGCUCUACCCGCCGACACCAACCGCACCUUUCUCUCCUUCAAGUCCGGGAAGCUGGGGGGACGUGCUAUCUUCGACAUGGUUCACAGAAACAAGUACAAAGAGUGGAUCAAAGGGUGGAGGAACUUCAACGCCGGCCACGAGCACCCGGAUCAGAACACCUUCACGUUCGCGCCCAACGGCGUCCCGUUCGUCACCGAGGCGCUCUACGGGCCCAAGUACACGCUGCUGAACAACGCGGUGUUGUUCAGCUCCGCGCUGCCGGGGAGCUGCUUCAAGCCGUGGGCCGGGCAGGUCACGGAAGCCUGCGAUUCCAAGUGGCUGAAGUACAAGGCGGGCCUGGCGGCCGACGCCGAGGGCAGAGUCGAGGCCGCGAUGGAGAGACAGGGAAUGGUCUUCAUCCGCGGCGAGGGACAAUCUGCUUAUAACCCUGAGCUGAGGAUCAGGAACUUCCAGAGAAACCUGCUCCUUCUCCACCCGCAGCUGCUGCUCCUGGUGGACCACAUCCACCUGCACCCAGACAGCCCGACCAGGGCCAUGAGCGCCUUCUUUCACAACACGGAGCUCCCGUUCCAGGGCACGAAGGCCGACGGCGUGCACGGAGCGUUCGCGUCACACGACGAGGACAAGUACAAGAUGUUCUGGAUGGACGACACAGGCUACAGCAGCAAAGGAGUGGUAGGUUAUUGGAAUUACCCCAGAGGGUACCCGUACAAUGGCUCCAACUAUGUGAACGUCACAAUGCCGUUGAGGUACCCUCACACCAGGGUGGCCUACAUUUUCUUCGGCCCGGGCGUGGACGUGCAGAGCUUCAGCCUGCGCGGCGACGACCAGCGGGUGGAUAUUUACCUGGCCACCAAGGAUCACAUGUACACCAUCUACCUGCUGACCGGGGAGCUCCCCAGCAAGCCCCUGUUCGCCAUGGUGCUAAUGGACCACAAGAAGAUCGUGUUCGAGAAGGGGGCGCCGGGGGGCGCGGAGGACAGCUCGCCCGCCGAGGUGGAGGAAUACGUCAACGUGAUGGAGGACAACCUGCAGCACGUCAAGCCCGUCUUCCAGCAGAUGGAGAGACACAUCCUGGGGCGGGUCCUGAACACCGCCAACUUCCGCAAGACCGCGGAGCGCCUCCUCCAGUUUACCGACAAGAAGAAGACGGAGGAGGUGAUAGAGAAGAUGUUCGCCAUGUCCAAGAAGCAGGGCAGGGGCAAAGGGGGGAAGAAGGUGAACCUCGGGGAGACGCUCUCCGAGAGUCUGCCGGACAUUUUUGCACAAAUUGAGGUGACCGAGAAGAAGGCGCGGCAGAGGACUUCAAAGCGUACUUCUGAGGACAGUCCAGAGGAGGGCGGGGGAGCCUUCAUGGAGUACGCGGACGGCCGCAAAAACAGAAAGGGGGCGUUUGUGAAGGGCCGUAGAUUCAAGGAGGUGCACAUGGUGGCCACGGCCGCGAGCGAGGGGCUCUCCAGCACCGCCUCCUACAUCAGACUCUUUCUCCUCCUGAACACCGCCACCUUCUUUCUGCUGCUGGCCGUGUUACUGACUCGCUUCCAGAGAGGCCGGAGUUUGCACACGCAGAGGUGUUUCUACACCAUCCUCCUGAUCGACUGCUUCAUCUUACUGUACCUGUACUCCUCCUGCUCUCACACACAGUGUUGACGUCAGGGUCCAGCCGCAGAGCAGAUGGUUAUGGCGCAGUACGAGGUCAGUUUUGGAAAAAGAAAAAAGAAAGUCAAGACAUUUAAAAAUAGAUAUUUUUAGAAUAAGAUGUAACGUCGUAAGAAUAAAGAAAAGAGAAAAAAAUCAGACUAUUCCAACAAUCACUCCUUAAUGUUAUUAUUAUAUUGUAGUCACACGCAGGCUUCAUCAAUGAACACAAAAUAGAUUUUAGGACAACUUAUUGUAAAUUGACAAUUCUAUUUUACUUUCCCUAAACAUUCCCUAUGUAUUUUAUUCUCAAUAAAAUAUUAUAAAUGUCAUCCUCAUAAUCAUGACUUCUAUCUUAAUAAUAUUAAUUCUUAGUAUAUUACUUAUUAUUUUCCUCCACAAUUACAACUUCAUACAAAUUUUCUAAAAAGGUUAAUUUUCAGAAUGUGUUCUGGAAUUGAAAACUCCCACUGUCCCUAUUUUCUAUUGGAUUUUUAAAUUGCCAAAUACAAAUUUGCCCCUGAGGUCUUCAGAACUCCAUUCUCAUAAUACUAUAAUUUUUUCUAGAAAUUACUACUGCAUUCAUAACUCCCAGAAUAUUAUACGUGUGUUCUUGAAUUCUUGAAAUCUUUUUUUUUUAAGACUGUGGCCCAAACACUUGUAAUGUAUGACUUGUAAGUGAUUCCAAAUAGGAAUUGAUGAAUUACCGACUUGAAACCAGACCACCUGUGGUGCAAGAAGCUUCUGUGGAGCUUUAGAACCAAGUCAGCGUGAAGUUUGUCUUUGUUGAGUUCAGAGCUCCUGCAUUGUGUCAAAGAUCUCAAGGUUAGCCACUAUGAUGCAGUCACCACACCUGCUGGAGAUUCGUCCUGUCUACAUAAAUCAUGGAGACACAUUUAAAUGUAUAUAUGUGAAAGCGAGAUAUAUUUUUUAUGGUGUGUGUUUUUUUACUAUUUGUAAAUAAAAUGACCACAUGCAUAUUCA